UUGAUCACCUGCCGUGUUGUGUGUUGUGCGACGUUCGCCCGCGGCCCCAGGUUAGCUAGAUUCGUGAGAGUUUAGGUGUCUUUUGCUGGGACUGGUCUUCGGGAGUUCAAACAUGUGUUGUUAACUCGACAAUUAUUUUAAGAAGUCACAGAUUUACCUUAUUUUUUGAAACGGACUAACGUUAUGUAGAAUUCGGUUAGGAAGAAUUCAUCAGAAUAAGUCAUUGAUUUACAUUUGGAAUAUUUUUUUCAUUCGGGCGUGGCCAGGUAACCCACAAUCAGCUGAGGUCACGGACUGGGUUUGUUUACCUGUGGAUAUAUCAGACUGUUUGCACCAAAUUCAAACUUAGUCAUCUAUCUUAUCUUGGUGUGGGGGCCGCAUUUUUCUUUAAUCAACAGAUUAAAUUACAUUGUAUCUGUAUCCACCCCACAUCCCCCUGUUUGUAGGCACAUACAACCCCUAUUCCAUUUCCAUAUACCCCAGCUCUGUGUCCCUACACCUCAGAUCUCAUUGACUAUUAACGUUGAAGCCCACAUUAUCCAUACACCUCCCCCCCCCACACCCCAAUUUAGACUUGUCCAUGUGCCACUGUAAUAUGUAAGCUCAGUGUUCUAUGUGACAAGAAAAAAACCUACAUAUGACAAGGAGUCGUAACAAAAACUGAUUAGUCAGAAGCAUUCUGGCUUUUAAAGACAUUGGGCUGUGAAUCAAAACUUGGUGUGACAAAAUGAACAAAAGAUUUAUCUCUGGACACUGGUGCUGACACACCUACCAUCAUGAAGGGCACCCUAGCAGGAGGGGAGGAGGGGCAGGAUAACACCGCAGGAACUGUAUUCAUUCGUAUUGCUGUACCAGAACUUAAAGUACAGAAAUGUUUGCAGUUUCAGCUAGAACAUACAGUGUGGCAAGCAAAACAGAGGGUUCUUACAGCAUUUGCUAAGGACUUGAAAGACCCUUUGAAUUAUGGGAUGUACAUGCCUCCAGUCAAUGGCAAAGCUGGGAAGUUUAUGGAAGAAGAGCGUCUGCUCAGUGAAUAUCCAAUCCAAGGCCCAAUAGGCUUUUUAGAGUUCAAAUAUAAGAGACGUGUGUACAAACUGAUGCAGAUCAAUGAGAGAAAACUGAAACAAAUUCACUCUAAAUCCAAGCUGAAAUUGUUUCUGGACCUUGUAAGAGCAGGCAACACUGAGAAAAUCAACAAGAUGACCCUCAAGGGCCUUGACCCAAAUUUUCAUGAUCAAGACAAUGGGGAAACUCCAUUAACCAUAGCAGUGACCCUUGGUAAGUCUAAGUGCCGUGAGGUGAUAAUAGCGUUAGUGAGUGGCGGUUCUCAUCUUGACUUCAGAAACAAACAAGGCCUAACUGCUCUCCAUCGUGCAGCCAUUGUUGGGAACACAGAAGCCAUAAGGACUAUGCUUGAUCUGGGCGCAUCACCAGACAGCAAAGACUCCCAUGAGCUGACUCCGUUGUAUUACAGCGUGUCAAAUGAUGACAUGGUUCAAGACUGCACUUUCAUGCUCCUGCAGGAGAGGGCACGUGUUGGGAUUUGUGAUGAGCAUGGCUGGUAUGAAAUACACCAGGCAUGUAAACAUGGUCGCGUGCAACAUUUGGAACACCUCUUGUUCUAUGGUGCAGAAAUGGAUGUUAGAAAUUCCUGCGGCAACACACCUCUGCACAUCUGUGCACUGAAUAAUCAAGAAACGUGUGCGCGGGUGCUACUGUUCCGAGGCGCUGACCCAACACUUGUUAACUACAGCCAUCAGACAGCUGACCAAGUGGCAGCCAUGGCUGGGAACACGGCUAUAGCUGAGAUGAUUCAAUCCCACAAUCCUGAUGAUGUUGUUCCAUUUAGAGAGAUACCACAGUAUAGCAACCGGCGUAAAGGGGGCUCAAUGACUCCUUCAAUACGAGCCUUGUUACGAACACGUAGUGAUCCAAGGAUAAAUUUUGCUGGCCUGGAGGAUAUGAUGUCUCCCUCGUCUUCUUCCUCACCCAUUGGGGGUAUGUCCAGGCGCUACAAUGGAGGAGGAUUUAGAAUGAUGGACUCAGACUCUGCCUGCUCAUUAAGUGUCUCCAGUGCUGGAUCAAUCUCAGGCAUAACAGAUGACGGCAGGAAUAUGGCUGGGGAGAAAGGCUAUAGUGGACAAUUCUCUCAGGGAAAUGUUCGAAGAGCUGGAUCCAUGGGGGAUGUAACAAGGGAGAGCAACCAAAGAAAUACAUUAGCCACUCUAAUGCAAGCAGACAGGGUACGUAAAUCACACAGCAUAAAGAAACCAGACACCGCUCCGCUGCGUGUGGGUCAAGGUCGAUUCAGAUUCAUGGAAGACUCACAGCAUUCAGCGCACCACCCUCACAUGCAGGUUCUGAGCCGGUCAGCAUCUACUCGACUUCAGGAAGGUCAGGCCCGCGGCCGACCACAGAUCCGGCUGGAGAAUGGUCUGGACUUGGCUGAGCGCAGUCGAAGCCAGACGGCCCAUCGCUCCAAUAGCGACGCCUUCUUUCUCGAAAGUUCCAGGCCUGUGCUCAUCCGUCAGAGUAAUCUCCCUUCCUCGUCCGGUCUAAAUUUAGCACCGCCGUUACGCAGGAGCAGUUCCGUGGAGUUUGGACGAGUCAAAGAGUGGCUGCGUCGAAAUGAUUUCAGUCAGGGGUUGGAUGGUGGUGUUGACACCGGAAGUAGCUCUUCAGGAAGGACAUCUAAGGUCCAUAGCAGGAACAAGAACGUCCCUCCUCCUGCUCCGCCUCCCCCACCCCCUCCUACUGUGCACAUCAAACGAGAGAAGCUCAAAGACGCAGACCCCGUCAGGCUGGUUAGUGAAACAAAAAAGGAGGAAUUCUCGGGUGGGAAAUCUUUUCUGGAGGAGUUAAAAACAAAGUUAAAGGCCAGGGAAGUCGGUGACGUCAGCAGUAGAGGUCAUGCGGUGCCUACAACAGCCGACCUUCGAACUUUGCCGUCGAAUCACAGCAUGAAUCAUGUUCUACACUCGAGUGACUCAAUAAGUGAUCCAAAGAAUGUAACAGGUGAUCCGUACCAUUUAAAUGGUGGUACAAACACUAAGGAUGACACGGACAGUAUUCAAGUGAUCACGGGUAACAUUAAAGGUUUUAGAGGGACAGUUGAAGGUGAUGCGGACAAUAAAAUUGGUGAUACAGACACUACAAAACACGAUACGGUCCAUAUCAAGGGUGACGCCGAUAAGGGAGCGGGUGACACAGUGCAGAUAAGAGGUGACUGGGUCGAGCGUACCACGGACAAGGUCCAGGGGAAAACGGACCCUGGUCACGUGACAGUCCCCACCAACAGCCAGCCCGCGGUGGGGGGUGAAUCGGAACGUCACGGGAUCGGUGACAAACAUGCCCGUGUACAUGCCGACCCUACCACGGGGGCCGACACUGGUGGACGGGCCAUACGUGAAUGUUUAGUCGAGCGUGGAGGGCAGGACCUCAAUCAGCUGCCAUUCUCCCCGCCCGUCGGGCUGAUUACACCGGGGGAACAAUUGGCUCAUCAAAACAUACCGCCACUUGCCGGCGACACAGGUGAAAGGGGCGACACACACGCGAGGUAUGUGGUCACAUUAACACACGCGGCGGCGGACAGGGCCGUGUCCCGUGGUGAUAGUCGGCGCGUUCCUUGCACAGGCGGUUGUGAUUGUGACCAGCGCUGUUCCAACUCGGGAUAUUCGCAGGGGAGUUUGUGUUUACAGGAGCCCAGUCAGGUAGAGCAAGAAGUAAGUCAAGUGAAGCCAGAUUUAAGUCAAGUGAAGCCAGAUUUAAGUCAAGUGAAGCCAGAUUUAAGUCAAGUGAAGCCAGAUUUAAGUCAAGUGAAGCCAGAUUUAAGUCAAGUGAAGCCAGAUUUAAGUCAAGUGAAGCCAGAUUUAAGUCAAGUGAAACCAGAUUUAAGUCAAGUGAACCAAGAAUCAACUGAAUUUGAUGAAGAAAAACAAAACGAGGAUAAUGCUGAUGUGACCAAUCACGGUAAGUCUUCAAAGGAUUAUGUUCGUUUCGCGGAUUUGGACGAUUCCAGUAGCUCAUCUUCUGAUUCGGAUUAUCGAACUUACCGUUCGCCGUCUUUAAGUUAUAUAUUUUCUCACGAUGCCAGCCUGCGUACAAGAGCGAACCGGGCUUUGACGGGGAGUCAUCAGAACCUCGCCUCUCCGCCUAAGUUUCAGAGCUCUAGAAAAAAUCGUGCCGGGACCCGUUCGGCACCCAGCAGUUCUAGACAAAGCCACCAGCCAUCGGGCGUGCGCAGGUUGUUGUCUGGUCUCUUCCCCGGCGAGAUCUCCAGCACCAGCUAUGAGAUCACGGAGACGAGAUUCGUCAACGCCCAGGCGGGCGUGACGUCAUUGAAUGGACCAAGUGACCAGACCACAAAUUCCAGCACCAUGCUCAGCAGCCACAACCAUGACCACGAGAUUCUCCCUCCCUCUGCUGCCUCCAAGAACAGCAGAAAGGGCAGCAAUCCUUACGCCGCCCCCGGCUCCCUGUCGAGGUCGCGGUCCUUGUUCUCGAGCACCCCGUCGCUCUUCUCCAGGUCCACGCCGGAGGAAAAGUUUUGGAAGAAGGAGAUGAAGAGGCAAAAAGAGGAGAACAAGCGUUUAGAGGAGGAGAGAAAAAAACGAGAGAAGGAGGAGAAACGGCAGGAGAAGAAGAAACUGAAAACGCUGAAAAAGUCUGGCACCCUGCCGUCACGUGACUGGCGGCCACCGGAAGCGCUGAGGAUGAGGGCGGUGCCGAUUGAUUACCAGGACGAUCCCCGUAUCCCGCCCCCUCACCAGCCUCCGCCGCCCCCGCCCCAGGGACACUAUGCCACCCCUGUGGUCAACCUGAAGGGGGGCUACACCCUGUACGCCCCAGACAUGGUGAGGGUCGAGCAGGUGUACGGCACCACCACCCGACGCCCUCACCCCAACAGCGCCCAAUACGCUUCUCCUUAUGGAUACAUCCAGAACAGAGAUCAACAUCCAAGGGUUGUACUCCUGCACCGCAGUGCUGAGGGCUAUGGAUUUGUUUUACGUGGAGCCAAAUCCAAAAUCCCAACAGGGGGAUUUAAUAACUUUACCCCAACAACAGAGUACCCUGCCCUUCAGUAUCUGGACAGUGUUGAUGCUGGAUCACAGGCUGACAGGGCAGGUCUUAAGGCUGGGGACUUUAUACUGGAGAUCAAUGGUGAAAAUGUGGUGCGAGCCUCCCACGAGCAUGUGGUACACCUCAUCAGGUCGUCCAGUGAUGUGCUCACCCUCAAGGUGGUCACUGUUGUACACGGUGACCGCAACGACUGGCUGAUGCAUGCUGAUGGGGCCAUGACAUUGCCAGCCAGAAAAAAACAAGCUGCUCCCCUCCCACCUGAGAGAGACCCACACACAUCCCUGUCUUACAGCAAAGCUAGUUCCAAGUCAAUGACAGAAGGGCUGGCAGAGAUUGAGAAACUGGAUGCGGCCAUAGCAGAAUUUGAUGGUCAAGAAUCACUCCGACGUCAUUCACUGCAUGGGUCAGAUGAUCCAAAGAUUGCCUCUAUUAGAGGUUCUCACACAGUCAAGCGUGUCUCUGUGGUGGACUACCAGAGUCUCAUCUCAGGGGAGCCGCCUGGUGCUAAAGACCACAUGAGCCCAGCAGAGGCCAGGAUUAAGAAAUACCACAAAAAGACUCCUUCACAGAGCAUGGAACGUUCAAAGAGCACACCAGACAUCAUAGCUGCAGUAGAGCAGCAGGACAACGGCUACAGGUCCAUCAUACAGACUGGAAACAACCUGGGGGGUAAAAUGUCAGGCACCUGGACAAAAAGCCGACCUCCACCCCCAGCCCCGCAUGCUGCAGCUUAUUCUGGAACCUUGCAGGCAGUGCCUGCCAACAGGGACAUCUACACUGGUGUUGUGGCAGGAAGUGGGAUCUAUGGCAGGGGAAGUAACCCAUCCACGCCUGAGAUGGGUAGAUCAACCAUUCAUCCAAGCACUCCAGAAUUUGUCAGAAUCAACACUGGCAGCAAGAGCAGUAAUUACGCCAGUGUCCAGCAAGAUAUUGCCAAGAAGGCGGAGUCGCCUUACGAGUCGAGCUUCAGGCCUGGGAUCAAUGCCAAGCUUGUUGAUGUCCAGGUACAACAGGUUCUCAAUGACGGCCUGAAAGCAAAGAGAAGCAGUUCAAACCCAAAUCUGGACAAAAGCAUAUCUUUUGCUGAUGAGCGGGUGAUGGAGAAUGCCCAGAAGUUCAUUGAGAAACACCCCACAGCCACGCUGCUUGUCACAGCUGACAUUCACCCAGCUGAGCCAGAAGGGAAGCCUAACAUUAUUUAUGAACCUGAGCCUGAUUACGAUGACAGCGGGGACGAGAAGCCGAGUAAAUUCAACACCAGCAUUGCUUCUGCCAUUGCGAACUUGAAGUCUCCAACCGUCAGCGAUACCCACACCACCACAAACGUUGUCCGUCAGAACCACUCAGCCGUGACUGUCAUAUCCAUCAGCAGCGAUGCCAACAGAGGGGGUCAUAAGGUGACCCCUACCAGCUCCCCAGCCUUGGCUGCUUCGAGGAGGUCCCCAGCCACAUCUGCCCCAUCCAGUGCUAACAGCUCCAGGAGAUCAUCCAUCCAGUCCAACAGUGCACCUCCACCACCACCCCCACCUCCUGGCCCACCCCCACCUCCAGCUCCCCCUAUACCCCUGGUUCUGGGAACCUCCCCCACAGGGAGUGUCAACUCCACCCUGGGGCGGCGUACGCAAGUUGUGGACCCGCCAGCCGGGGGCCGUGUGUCAACUGAAGAUAUCCUUGCUGCUGUAGCUGAGAGAAAAUCUCGCCUUGAAACUGAGGGGCCCAGGUUGUCUGAAGUAAAGCCUGUCCCAGCAAACAAAUCAACCCAUGAGCUAAACCAGGAAGCUCUCAAGGCGGCCGUAGCCAAACGGAAGUCUCGCAUUGAACAAAGCCAGGACAAAUCCGUGGUUGAUGAGAUCGAGGCUCGUCUGAACCGCAACAAGAAACUACAAGCUGCCAAAUUUCUGGGCAGCGACACAAAAAGAGACGGGACUGACGGUGCAGCUCCACCUGCUGCUGCUGUAGAUCCCUCUCCAGCUCCCCCUCCAGCUGCCCUUGUUAAAAUUGAGACUCAGCCAAAACCUAAAGAGAUAACUCACCGCACUGAGCCCAGCCACCCUGCAGUCAAGCCAGAACCUGAAGGUGGGAUCCUAGACUUCAGGGCCCGCCUCAAGCCAGUCGCAGUUUCAUCCAAUGUCACCCAGCCAAAAGCAUCAACAAUAACAGUGGCACCUGUCGCUGACACUAAGGCUUCAACAAUAGCAGUGACGUCUGUGGCUGACAAUAAAGCUUCAGCAGUAACAGCAACAGCUGUCAAUGACACCAAGCCACAGGUUUCUAAAGUCAACAUCAGUACUAUUGUCACUAAAGCCUACAGAGCACCUGGGCCACCCCCAGCACCAGGGCCACCCCCUACAACUGGGCCCCCACCUUCAGCUGCUCCAGUAACCAGCCCAGUGGUCCCCACACAAGGAAACACGCCAGCUGAUUACAUUGCGCUGGCAGAAAAGGCCAGACAGGAGUAUUUAAAGAAGAAAGCAUCAGGCGGGCUUCAAACCCACAUAGAGAAGAAAGGACCAGUUGAGAUCACACCAGGCAAGAAGCAGACGCCAACAUCUCCAACUGCAACUGUUGUUGCCCUGACCUCCAGCAAGAGCCAGCUGACCAAGAAAGAUGAGAGCUCCCUGCCCAACAAAAAUGUCACCAAUGGUAAAACUAACGUGUCUGUCAUUGGUGUCACAGAGGACCACUCUCACACAGAGAACAACGGCACCAUGAGGAAAACAAAAAACAACGGGAAUAUCUCUCCACCCCCUGGCUUGAUCCCGCCUCCUCAGCUCAACAUUGAGUCUAUGGUGGCCCCCCCGCCUCCUGGGUUUGGGGAUUUUGACCAGAAGGGAACCAAAAGUGUCAUAGUUGACAUCAUCCCCCCACCUGUCACUUUUGGCAGUCGUGAGCAUGAAGGUCAAGACGACACUGUCAGUUUUGUCUCUUCCAUCUCCUCUCUCAGCACCCUCUCCAGUGAACAAGGAGAAGACCACCAUCAAAAUAUUGAAGAUCUGAUCGCACCCCCACCCCCUCCUCCACUUGAUUUUGAUGAUUUGGGAGACCAGGAUGCUUUUAUCCCUCCCCCGCCCCAGUUUCUUGAAAUAGAUUCCAAUGGGAAUGAGAGCCAGAGUUUGGACAAGAACUCAAAACCUUUUGCCACCAAAUCUGUCACGGCCUGGUCAUGUUUGGAUGUUUUGGACUGGCUGGACAGCCUGGGUCUGCCGCAGUACAGGGUCAGUUUUGCCAAGGCUUGUGUGGAUGGGACCAAACUUGUAGACAUGGGCAGGAAUGAAUUCAUUAACUUAGGCGUUACCCAGGUUGGGCAUCGCAUGAGUUUGGAACGAUCUGUUAAAAAACUUAAUUUGGCUUGUUCGACCAAUUUAUAAAUCAACAUACUUAAAGACCUUUUGACAAUGAUUAUGUGAUUGAAUCAUACCCAUCAACUGUUUAUGUUGCACCACGUACAGGUGAGCAUCUUGUGAUCCUACUGACAGUGUUAAAACAUUGUAUUCAAGAAAAUUGUGGUUUAUUUAUUUCUCUUUGUUUUCAAAACUCCAAAAAUGGGCAGUUGUCAGGGUUUGAGGCAACUGUGUCCCUCUGUGCUGUCACCAGCCUAUGCACAACAGAGCUGAACAAACUUAACUUCAAACACACUCUACUGUUUGUCUACAUGUACACUGGCAGACAUGGCAUACUGUCUGUUUAAAAAAGUGUUGGUCAACCAACAUGUUAUACUGUUUGUUUUAAAAAAAAAUUAUGCUUUAAAAUUGUAAAUAUACAUUUUCUGGGUGUACAUUUGUCCACUUUUAACCCUUUUAGGUUUGUAUUUACCUCAUGCAAUUUAAGCUCUGAGAUAUUUGUCUUUACACGUGGUAAACUGUAGUAAUACUGACCUCAGGAGAAUGAUUAAGAGACA